GGGAGUGGAUUAGGGGGUGGAGGAAAGGUUGGAUGGAGUGAAUCCAGGCUGCUGGCUGCUUCUGCUGCUGCACUACAAGACGCUGUCAGAAAACGAAGCAGCUGGGCUGCUCUGCACGCAGAUGUCUGAGAGCACAGCAGAAAAAAGACAAAUAACAUGUUAACCACGGGGGCAAAUCAUGAAAAAGAUUGGAAUCUGAGCAGAUAGGACGAAGACACUCAACAGUGAGACUUUUGAUCGGCUUUGGAGAUGAACAGCUGCCAACUGUGGGAUUUGAAGAUGUGGACGCUGAUGGGAGUAGUCUGUCUGUGCCACUGUGUCUUUGGACAGCUGUUUGAGACCAAACUGAAAGGGGCACCUCGUCUGAUCUGCAGUGUCCCCGGGUCACCGGGCCUGCCUGGCAAACCUGGUCUCAGCGGGCCCCCGGGAGCGGAUGGGAAUGUGGGUAUCCCAGGAAGAGAUGGCAGAGAUGGCAGGAAGGGUGAAAAGGGAGAAAAGGGAGACACAGGGUUAAAGGGCAGAGUUGGCCCAACAGGUAAGAUUGGAGGCCGAGGUGACCGUGGCCCCCCGGGGAAACGAGGGCCGACAGGUGAGAACGGAGAUGUGGGCCAACUUGGACUCACAGGCCCCGACGGAGAGAAAGGGGACAAGGGCAAAAGAGGGCCACGUGGAACUGCAGGAACCUGCAAGUGUGGCAGCCUGCUGCCUAAAUCUGCCUUCUCUGUGGGUAUCACCAGCAGCUACCCUCCAGAGAAUCUCCCCAUAAAGUUCAAUAAGGUGCUAUUUAAUGAGGGUGACCACUACAACCCACAGACGGGCAAGUUCAUCUGUGCAUACCCAGGUGUUUAUUAUUUCUCCUAUGACAUUACACUGGCCAACAAACACCUGGCCAUUGGACUCGUGCAGAAUGGUCAGUAUCGCAUCAAAACCUUUGAUGCAAACACAGGGAACCAUGACGUAGCAUCCGGGUCCACUGUGAUGUACCUGAACCCAGAAGAUGAGGUGUGGAUGGAGAUCUUCUACCACGACCAGAAUGGUUUAUUUGCAGACCCAGGCUGGGCUGACAGCUUGUUCUCUGGCUUUCUUCUCUAUGCAGACACAAAUUAUUUUGACGCACUGGCAGAAGACUAUGCAUAGAUAGAACCUGGAAAACACAAAACAGAAACUGCUAGUCACUGUUUUAUCACACAUAUGGUAUGGUCAAACUAUAUUUUUAUACAAAUGUUUGUACUGCUAGUAUUAUUACCAUAGAGACUUAUCUUCUGAUUUGAAAUUAUAUUAUUUAAUAAAGCUAAUUUAAUAAAGCUUGAAUAUGCUUUUGAUGUGUUUGUUUUCAGUAGAUGCAGGUUGGAUCAGGUCAAUCAGAAUUGGGAAUACUGAGAGAAACUUGUCAAAGCAAGCACAGCAACAACACAGGCAGGAACGCUGAACUUAUACAUUAAAAACAUCUACAGAAGCUCAUUUAACUAACAAGUACAGAUAAAAAAAACAAAAAACAAACAAGGAGCUUGACAGGUAAAUGUAAACAUAAACUUUAAGACUAUGUAUAUAUAAAGGGCAUAUACAUAAAUAUGUGUAUACAUAAACAACAAUAACAUUUGCCAACUGAAUAUAGAACUGGUGAUUAUGCAGAGUGCAAAUGAUUCAUAACAUGACAUAAAUAUGUUUUUUUUUUUACAGCAGGUUGUGUUAUGUAUGUUAUAAGGUAAUAUAUAGAUAUAUAGAAUAUAUAGAACAGUAUGUAAAGCAUGAGUAGA